UCCCCAGAGUUCCUCCCUCCGGAUGCAAAAGUCCAGAAACUAGCAAUCAAAGACAAGACAGGAUCUGCAAAAACACAUGGUUGUGAAGAUCUGGAGAGCUCUCAGGCUUCCUCGACAACCAAAGACAAAGUAGCAGGGGAAAAACUAUCAUCAAUUAAGGAACACGAAGAUAAAAUUGCAGAGUUAUUGGUUACACUCGAGUCAGACUUGGCAAGAGGUAGGAAUAAAAUCAAACAAAACAAAACAAAAGAAAAAAAAUGUUAGCCAGAAGUUUGGUAAAGGAGAAAAUGCGUUGUUUUUAACCCUUUACGCCCUAACAUCAGUAAAGGUUUUCUCCAUACUGUUCUCCAUACAUUGUCUACUGUGCUGACAAGGAGAAUUUGUGUAACAAUCAACAGCUUCUUUAGCCAUUGAUAAUUUCUUUAUUCUCAUGAUCUGACUGCAUGAGUUAGGGGUGAUAUUGUGAGGAGAAAUUAGAUGCUAGUCACUUUUAGGGGUUCAAGGGUUAAGGAGGGUCUGAAAAUUCCACUUGUUGAUUUUAGAGUAAUAUGAGUUCUAUCUAUAACGUUUUAGGAACUCCACUUAAAGAAAGUUCAAUCUUUGCUCAAGUCAAACAACUGAUGACUACAGUUAAGACUCAACUUGCUCACUUCACCCGAUACCAAAAACAACAAAGACAUCAAAUUGCAAGUUUUACUGUUGAGUCAAAGAACAACCAAGAUGGCUUUUCGUCACAGUGGACUAACAAAACUAAGUGUAAGCUGCUUGAACUUGCUGCGCAACAAAAGGAGUUGUUAAAACUAUUCCAAGGUCAUAAGAAUCUUUUUGAGAAAAUACAAAUGCUGAAAGAAAAGGCCAAGACAGUUGCUGAGAAUGUUUUACCAGCUGUAGAGAUGCACUGUAAAUCUUAUGGAGCAAAGAACAUGCAGCUAGAAAUUAAAGAAAAUAGUGCUGUGUCAAGUGCAUCAAUGACUAUGCUGGCAUCAAAUAUAAAUUUGUCAUCAGACACAGUAUGUACAAAAACCAUUAAUUGUGCCACCAGUAUCUGUUUACAGCCCUUAACACUGUCUACUGCCUCACAGUUCACAACCUUGGAAGAUCAAACGCAGCCUUGUCAUGUGAUGACAAGUUGUAGUCCUACAAAUGGGAGACAUGUUUCAACUACAACUCAUACUUCAGUGACCCGUCCCUUACUCCAAUCAAGCAUUCAAGAUACGGUCUUAACUGGCCAUCAGGUACAUUAUGUAGAAGGAAAGCAAGUUUAUAUGCUACCUCAAGAACUCGAUACAAGUGUUGCAAAGUCAUAUUCCUUCAUACAACCACCUCAGGCACAUGUUACCACAGCAAGGCUGUCUUCCAAUACAAAGACCUCUGCAUCAGCAACAGAAACAAGGCUCACCACAGCAAAUGUUUCUGAUGCACAAUCAGGGACAAGCUGUAUUUGGCUCAGUGGAAUACCUAUGGUGUCUUCCUUGGUGUCCAGUGUCGAUACUCCUGUAUUAAGUUCGUCUGUUUCGUUGCAACCAAUGAGUUAUCCAAGUACCAGUUCAACCUUGCAAAGCUCACUUAUGCUUAGCAGUGAAAAUAGUAGUCAAGUGCUUACACAAGCAACCCAUGCAGGCCAAAAAACCACUCCUUCCCAACUGUCAAGUAUGAACUCCAUGACAGUAUCGGAGCUUCAACCAAGAGCCUGGGCCAAAUCAUCAGUCAACAUACCCUCCCAGAUUACUUCUGCAGUACCAAGUAAAUUACAAGCCACUAAAACAACUUCUACUCCAUUGAAAGGACCAGUGAGUAUCACUAAAAAUCUUAACUAGUUUAGGUCACACAGGUACUGUCUACUUUAUAUGCAUUAAACUUGUUCACAAUUAGGGAAAUUUUAAUUGGGGUUACUACACCAAUAAAAAAUUUGUGGUGAAAUAAAGGUGUAUGAAAUCUUACAAAUACUGUUACAAAUUCUGCUUGUUUUGUCAGUGAAUUAGCUUUGGAAAGGGGAUUAAUAAACAGGAUUUUACUAUGUGCUUUGAAUUCAGGUAAUUUUCCUGCCAUCACAUAGUAUUAAUUAGUUCCCUCUGGAAUUUAAGAUCCUCUAAACAAAUUUACCACUGAAAUAAUGGGCAAAUAUUCAGUUGAGCAUAACAAUUCUUUUGCAGUCAGCACUGUUGAGAAGGAGUUCAGGUUUACAAAGAAAAGGUUCAUUUGGCUCAGACCUUCCUGACAUAAAAAGCCUUCUUAGCCACAAUGUUAUUGAAGCAGGCAUGAAUGUCCUUUCAAUACAGCACGAGGUGGAUAUUUAUUGUCGUUAAUACCAGUUAAAACAAAAGCAUAUAAUCUAUCUUCCAUGGACCUUGUUGAAAAAAAUUGAGUCAUAUCCAGCCCAAUACUGCUCAACAAUACUCAAUUUCUCAACAUUUUGUAUGACCAACAUUCUGUCAUAACUUCCAGAAACUUUAAGCUUAGGAUAAAAUCAUAAGAUUUGAAUCUCAGACCAUCUUAUUACUUUGCAGAUGAAUUGUAGGCUUAAUGUUCAGAUGAAAAUAAAAUGUUAAAAAUGGAAGAAAAAGAUUAUAUAUCUUAAGCAUAGUUUUCAAAUUUUGGGGUGAUUUAAUCUCCUCACAACAGUUGUGAGUUGGUAAAGUGAUCCCCUUGACAAUAAGAGUGACUAGUAUUUAAUUUCUUGUUACAGUUUCAUCCUUGAGUCACACAUUUACAUUGAGAGAAUAAAGGAUAUGAUCAUCAACCAGAGAAGCUCUAAUCUAGUUGUCAGCAUUUUAGGAAAUGCAUUGAGAACAGCAAGGAGAAUAUGCAUUCUGAUGUUUGGGUGUAAAGGGUUGUAUUUGAAUGCAUUCAUGAUUUACCCAGUGUUGUGGAUAUAGCUUCAAAACUUGCCACUGAAUCCUUUUUCAAUGUCAUUUAUUCUGUCAUAUUUACCCCACAGGGAAGGAAUUUUGAGGCUUCUCUGAGGUCAAAUGGCUUAAUAGAGUCUGCAGGUGGAGAGACAUUUCGCACUCCUAUGGCUUGGAUGAGGGCAGUGACAGGAAGUUGGAAUACUAUUAAGCAAUCUCAUGCAUACAAGAUGGUAAAUAGAUACAAAAUUACGAUUAAGCCAACACAACGACUGGAAUUUCUAAUUAACGAUGCAAAGAUGUACUUACAAUUUGAUAAACAAAUGUCAGGUUAAAACAAAUUAAAGCAAGUGGCAAAUGUAAUUUAGUACUAACACAAAUGACAAUGGCUCUAUCGAUGAUAAAAAUGAUGUUGUGAUAAAAUUUAAAAUGUAUCUACAAAAUUAUGUAACAUCUACUUCUACUGAGUGGUGACCCAAAUUUUUUUGUCUAAACCCUCCCCUCCCUCCCCCCCCACCCAAUUGAACAACUUGACAGGGAUCUAAUGCAGUGCAAGCUUUCCUUGUGCUAUCUCAUGGCUUUUAAUCAGUUUAGUUGUUUCUUUACAGGUCCAUUAUAAAGGCAAACCUCUUGUGUUAUUUGCAAUACCAUCCAAAGAAAAAGGUACCAGUACACAUACAUAACCAUUUCCAGCUACAUAAAAACAUGUCUUUUUUUAGUUUUCAUGCUUGCUGUCUUUGCCUCUAACUUUGCAGACACUUGUGGGAACAAAGAAAAACAGGCCACAAUGACAAGGUACUCUAGUCUGUUUUCUCUCUUGUGUACCUAUUACACCUUUAUAAUAUUCAGUUUUUUUUUUUUUAAAUUUUACAAGCAAUAUUUUGGGGAUUGCAAGAUGGUGUUAAUAGCAAUUACUCUCAUAUCCCAAGGAAGAGCUUUGUAUAAUGAUUCCAAGUGUUUACAAUAAUCUUUUUGAACUGGAGACUAUUUUUUAAAAAUAAAACCAUAUUCGUAAUGUGCUUUGUGCAAUGUCUAUGCAUCAAAGUUGUAUUUCAGGGAAAAAAGAAUGAAAGAAUGUGCCUACCAGGCUAUGAAAAAUAUGAAACAAUCAAUUUCAUUAUAAUAAAAUAUUAUCUAAUUAAAAACAUGGGACUUUUUUGAGCAGUUUAGGAAGCCACUGACACUUCUUCACUUCAAUGUCUGUUCGAGUUUUAAAUUAUUUUGCAUCAUAACCACAUUUUGUUGAAUCCUUUUUUCAAGAAUGUUUAGUUCUCAUAAACUCUGAUUAAAUUUUACCUCUAGGGAAUUACUUUGCAGUUGUCAACAGAAGACAAGCAUGAAUAAUAGUCUAAUGACCAGCUGGGAGGAUGUAGCUAAGCUUCUCAUUGACUGCCAAGUAAUGCCUAUCAACAAAGAUGAAUUGAUUCCCUCAGACAGCUUUUUACCCAUAGAUUUCUGGGAACCAACACUUGAGGUGGAUAUACCACAGUCUGUCCUGGAUGGACUUGAAUUUUGA